UGACGGGCUCAGAACAGAAGGAAGUCGUCGUCGUCAACGAGCAUGGAUCUCGGCAGCUGGGCGCAUGAGGCCUUCGCGCCGGUCGUGCUGCUCAACACGACGGCCGAGGCCGAGCGCAUCGUCGCCAAGAACGGCGGCCUCUCGGUCGAGCAGCUCCUCAACGCCUACGGCGUCUUCGCCAACGCCAAUACGCCGGUGCGGUCGGUCGCCGGCCCCGUCAUGCUGCCCGAGGUGCGCAUGCGCUUUUUUCACGCCGCCAACUUUGGCCCAACGCCGCCGGCCGACGCAUCCGCCAAGCUCAACCAGGUCAUCGCGGACUCGGCCGUGCGCGUGCAGACGAGCAGCCCUGACAAAUGGCCGUGGAAGCUGCCGCCGGUGGCGAGCGACGCCGACGUCCCCGCCUUUCUGCGCGCAAUUGGCGGCGACUCGAUCGAGCCGCUGCCGUGGUACAAGGCCUUCAAGCACGAGUUGCUCGAGAGCUUUCAGUGCGAAGAGACGAGCAUGAUCUACCACCCGCACGCCAACGUCCUCGUCGUCUCGUCGACCGAGGGCGACCCGCGCCACGCGUUCCAGCAGCUCGCGUCGCCACAGUCGAUGCCGUCCGUCUUCCAAGAAGGCCUCUACGACAUGAACAUCCCCAAGUACUACAUCGUGCUGCACGACGUGUGCGAAACGCAGCAGACGUCGAUUGACGCCGACGCCAUCUACCGCAACCUCGGGCUCCCGGCCAACUCGGGGGGUGUCAUGCACAUCAACUCGCUUCCGACGCCCAACCUCGAGUCGGCGCCGUCCUGGGUCGGCCACCCAUACGUGCGCAACUUGCCGCCGCUGGACCACGACGCACCCUUUGGGUGCUUCCUCGACGACAGCGACCACCAAUCGAUCCGCAACUUGCUCUGGGACUUUGCAACGAAGUGCAUGCUCCCGCAGAUCGAAGCCAAGAUGUUUGCGCUCAACGAGAACGUCGCGGCGGUCAAGAAGGGCGUCAAGAACGCGAUCCGGUCGUGGUGGCGCAAGCCCAAGGACACGAGUGCGCGCUCGUCGGUGUACGUCUACCGCUACGACAGCAUCGAGUCCAACAUGCUCUUCCUCGCCGACAUGGCCUUUUGCAUCCACGACUACGACCUCGCGCUCUCCAUGUACCGGCUCGUGCGUGACGACUACAAGACCGACAAGGCGCUUCUGCACUGCGCCCACGCCAACGAGUGCAUCGCGCUCUGCCUCUUUCUCCUGCGUGGGUCACUGCCGCAGAUCCACAACGCGAUCGAGAGCUGCAUUGCGAUCUACGCGCGGCUCGCGGCCACGUCGCCCCAAGUGUCGACCGUGCGCCACGCGACUCGCACCGCGGUCCUUGCUAGCGACAUGUACGCGGCGCUAUUUCAGCUGGCGCCGGCGUCCGACCUCAUGGACGCAGCGUCGGCCGCGCUCAUCCGCGGGUCAUCGGCGACCGACCCGAGCCAGCCAAGCUUUGGCAUUUGCGCGGCCGUCUUGUUGGAGCGCGCGGCGUUUUGCGAUUUGCGGUCGCGGACCGCCAAGUUUCGGAAGUAUGGCUUCCGCAUGGUCAUGGCCGGCCACGUGUACGCGACGAUGGGGUACACGCCCCACGCCGCGCGCUGCUACGCGUGUGCGCGCUCCAUGUAUGCGAAUUCGCGCUGGUUCGCCGUCGAUGACCACAUUACGGGCACGUUGGCCAAGCAGCUCUACUCGCUCUCACACCCGCAGCAAGCGAUCGCGCUCUUGCUGACGCGGAUCGGGUCGGGUCGGCACACGAAGGCGCAGCAGCAGCAACUGCUCGCCGAGUUUUACGACAUGGUCUCCGAGUGUCUUCAGGACGCGGACGCGCUGCCGGACUUUGAUUUGCUCGAGACGGCGGAGGGCCAUCAGAAGGUGUUGCUCGUCAAGAACCUCGCGAUCCCCGCCAUCACGGAUGCGUCGGUGGUGGUCUUCGCGCCAUUGAAUGCGUCUGGGCCGGCCGUCCCGAUCGACAUGGACGACGCGAUGUGGAAGCAAACACAGUUUCUGCUUUUACGCGAGGAAAAGAUCCAAGCGAUGGCGACGCCGCACACGCAUUGGCGCGAACUCGCAACCGCGUCAUCAACGGCCCUCCAGCUGCCACUGCGCAACAAGAAGCCGAUCAAAGCCGGCUUCAAGUCGUACAUUGUCCACGAAUGGAUUUACGUCGAGUUCGAAAUGAAGAACCACUUGGCGUGCGACGUCGUGCUGUCGCAAUUGCACCUCUUUGGGCACGUGGGCGACGACCCGUUUCCAUCGUCCACCCAUGUGCAAGUCGAGUACCAAGACGUGACCAUGGCGCCUUUCGCCGACACCAAAGUACGUCUGCGACUGCUGCCACAAGCCAUUGGCCGCGUCGAGAUCCUCGGUGUGCGCUGGGCACUCAACACGGCAGUGCACGGCGAGCACUCGUUCAAGCUCCCAGGCAUCUUGCUCCAGGACUCGCUCCAGCACCGCGCCAACCGCGUGCGGGCACCCAACGACGCAACGCGCUGCGACAUCAAGCCGCAACUGCCGUGGCUCGGCGUGGCGCUCACGCAAGAAGACGGCAAGGCCGUGCCCGACCCGCUCGUUUGCAUGGAAGGCGAGGUUCUCGUCCUCUCGCUGACGCUGUCCAACCAUGGUGUCGCGCCGCUCACGGAGCUCACGAUCGUCUGCAGCGAAUGGGCGUACACCCUCGAGACGCCUUGCCACGCCGUGGGCGCGCUCGGCCACGUCACGACGCUCGAUGCGUUUGCCCUGGCGCCGGGUGCGUCGGUGUCGAUGCGGCUCGUGUGCCAGAGCCAGCACGUGGGUACGCAAACCGUUCGGUUCCUCUUCCGCUACAAUGGCGGUCGCGUGGUGCCGUUGGUGCUGGAGGCCGAGACGCUCUCUUGCCUCCAGCUCUCGCACGCGAUUCACCCGAGCUACAACCGGUCCGGCGAGUACGUUCUCGCCCUCACGGUACAAUUCAAUGAAGAAAAGACGAUGGUGCGAAUACGAUCGAUCCAUGACCCUGGCCACCAGUGGUCGCUCGUGCCGUUCGAGCCGCUGCAAGAACCGAGGUCCACCUUGCGUGCCGGCACGUCGCUGCAGUGGCAGGAGACGUCGACGCUGUACUUUCGGCUCGUGCCAAAGACCGGGUCCGAGGCGCUUUUGCAUAGCGUGCCGCUCUCGCCACAAGUGGUGCUCCCUACGUACGCUGUGCUGACGUUUCUGACGCUGCAGCACGCGGCCGAGCGCGUCCUGGACUUUAAGAAGAAGAAGGCGCUCGAGCAGGGCGGCAACAAGGCGCAGCUGCUCCGGUCGAUCCAGAGCGUGCGUCGUGACAACAAGCAGACCCACGGCGAGGCCGGCCAUGACACAGUGCCGGCCUUUGAGCACGUGCCGCUCACGUCACCCGAUGCGCUGCUCCACCCCGAGAUGGAUCUGCAUGUGGUCGUGCAGUGGGCGGGCACGGGGCCCGUCGUGAAUGGCCUCCAGCGGAAGCGCUGUCUCGGGCACUCGAGCGUCCUUAACGUCCAAGUGCGCACGCCGUAUACGUCAUCGUCCAACGCGUGUCCGCUGACGAUGACACUGGACUAUGCGCCAAAUGUGCGGCUUGGUGCGGUGCCCAUGACGCUGCACCUGCGCAAUGACGCGUCGGCGUCGUCGCCGCCGAUUACGUUUACGCUCGAGACGCUCGUGCCCGAAGAAGAGCACCCGAGCGUUCGCGCGUCGUCGGCGGCGACCACGACAAGUGCGCGCGUGUUUUGGGCCGGCGUCACGCGACGGACGUUUAACGCGCUGCCGCCCGGGGCGCUUGUCGAUGUGCCGCUCACAGCGGUCUUUGGUGCCCCCGGUAUCUACGAUCUGAACCGGUUUCGGUUCAUUCUCGAGCGCGACGGCCAGCGACCGCUCACCGUCUUCUUCCCCGUCGAGUACCUCGUGCACGUGGCGGCGUAAUAGACGUCUCCAUACGUGCU